AUGGUUACGUUCAACGAGUCGCUCCCCUUCGACAAGGCGUUGCACGAGGCCGAUGUCAGGGGCUCCAUCACCUAUGCCAAGGCACUGCUGCAGCUCGACCUGCUCACUGACGAGGAGCUGAGCGAGAUUACCACGGGCCUUGAAGCUGUCGAGAAGGAGUGGGCUGACGGCAAAUUUGUCAUCCAUCCUGCUGUUGAUGAGGACAUCCACACGGCCAACGAGCGUCGUCUAGCUGAGCUCAUCGGCCCAACCAUCGCUGGCAAGCUUCAUACAGGCCGUUCCCGCAACGAGCAGAUCGCUACCGACCUGCGCCUUUGGGUGCGAGCCCAGCUUGAUGGCCUUUCCGAACAACUGCGAGCCGCCCUCACUGUUUGCGCUGGCCGCGCCAAGGCAGGAGUCGAUGUACUGAUGCCCGGCUAUACUCACUUCCAACGCGCCCAGCCUAUCCUGCAGUGGUCGAGCCUGCUGAUGGUGCACCUUAGCCGCCUUAGCGAAGACUUGAUUCUCUAUUCAACAGCCGAGUUUAGUUUCGUUCGGGUUGCCGAUGCUUAUAGUACCGGCAGUAGUUUGAUGCCCCAGAAGAAGAACCCCGAUAGCCUCGAGCUGAUUCGAGGAAAGGCUGGCAGGGUUUUGGGCCAGGCAUCGGGCUUUCUUUCCACUCUCAAGAGCCUUCCGACAGCGUAUAACAAGGACAUCCAGGAGUCAGUGGAGCCUCUUCUCGACUGCGUCAAGACGGUUUCGCACUGUCUGCGAAUCGCCGGCGGCGUCCUAAGCACGCUGCAAAUUGAUUCUGAGAAGAUGAAGGCAGCCCUAACAGCCGACAUGCUCGCCACUAACGUCGCCGACUAUCUACUAAGUCUUAAAAGGAGUGCCCUUCCGGCAGACACCACAUCGCUGGCGCUGUUGUCCGCAAGGCAGAGGAGAAGGAUCUCACCCCAGUUCGAGGCUGACAUUGUCGACGUCUUCGACUUCGAGAGGAGCGUUGAGAGGAGGACUGCCCAGGGGGGCACGAGCCGGAGCUCAGUACUAGGCCAAAUCUCCGCUAUCGAGGCCUAUCUUGCUGGUAAUUAA